CCGAUGGCAGAUUGUUUUACUAUAACAAUAAUUUAGGUUUAAAUGCUGACACUAAAAGGAGCCGUAGUGCUUCUAAAUCUUUUGGUACUAAUCAGCUCCCUGAAGAGAUGGGAAUUACAUCCCAUUGAGUCGGUCGCACAUGAGUUAGAUGCACAAGGAUAUGGCAGUGUUGUAGAGCAGUAUGAGACAAUUGUUCAUGAUUUCAUUCGCAGUGGUGGCAGUAUCGAUAUAAUUCUCAAUAACUACAUGAAUGCCCAGUAUUAUGGAUCUAUCACAAUUGGGACCCCACCACAGAAAUUUAAUGUUUUGUUUGAUACUGGUUCUUCCAAUCUCUGGGUUCCUAGUAGUGAAUGUGCUCUCUACAACAUUGCCUGCAGAAUUCACAAUCGUUAUACAGCAUCAAAGUCCUCCACAUAUCAUGCCAAUGGAACAGAAUUUGCUAUUCGCUACGGAACCGGUGCUCUUUCUGGGUACAUCAGCAAUGACAACGUUGACUUUGGUGGAAUCAGUGUUAAAGGGCAAGGGUUUGGUGAGGCAAUUAAAGAGCCUGGUAUCACAUUCGUCACAGCCAAGUUUGAUGGAAUUUUGGGAAUGGGCUAUCCCACAAUUGCUGUUGCUGGAGUGGUUCCUCCCUUCAACAAUAUGAUUGCACAGAACUUAGUUGAAGAACCUGUAUUUAGCUUCUGGCUCAACAGAACAGCUGGUAAUGUGAAUGGAGGAGAGCUACACCUGGGAGGAAAGGAUCAAGCUUACUUCUCAGGAGACAUUGUUUAUCUUCCAGUGACACGUGGUGCUUACUGGCAGUUUGCCAUGGACAGCAUACAGAUUGGAGAUACAGAAAUCGGGUGCAGUGGAGGCUGUCAGGCUAUUGCUGAUACAGGAACAAGCCUGAUUGUUGGACCCAAGGAGGAUGUGAAGAAUAUUGCACUGAAAUUGGGCGGUCACCCUCUACCUCGCGGAUUGUUCUUUGUGGACUGCGCUAAAGUUCCCUUCAUGCCUGAUCUGGUGUUUGUCCUGAAGGGUAAGAAGUUCUCAGUACCUCCACAGUCCUACAUUAUUGGAGAGUCGGCGGGUGGAGCGAAUUUCUGUAUCAUUGGAAUGAUUGGAAUGGAUAUCCCCCCACCAGCAGGUCCGCUUUGGAUUCUUGGUGACAUUUUCCACGGAGAAUUCUACACGAUCUACGAUUUUGGUAAAAAUCGCGUAGGUUUCGCAAAGUCCGUCAAAUAAACAAGUAAACAGUCAGUUACGGUACUGGAAAAGAGAAAUGUUG